AAGCUGGUGCCGUCAUUGAUGAUGCUCUCGACUCUUGAGGUAGAUGGGGCUUUUAUAGCUCUACUACUAGUUUUACAAAUUUUCAACAUUGGUUCUGUGAGAAAGUUUGAGGUUGUGGUUGAGGUUGAGGCUGAGUCUCUAUCUUCCUCUUCUUCACUUUUCUCUUUCCUAUUCUGCAUUUCUUGUUUUGAUUCGGAUUUUUGGUCGCAAUCCCUCCAUUUCAAACUCUCUCUCUUACCUUUUUCAAACAAAGCAUCAUUCCAUUACGUCUUCUCUUCUCUAUUACUUUUAUUCUCUCAACAUUCUCUCUUUACUUGUACCACUGAUCUGCAACUAAUUCCCUCUAACAGCAACCAGGAAUGAAGAAGGUUGUGUUGAAGUUGGAUUUGCAUGAUGAUAAAGCCAAGCAGAAGGCCUUGAAGACAGUCGCUACUCUUUCAGGAAUUGAUGCUAUCUCGAUGAACAUGAAGGAAAAGAAAUUAACGGUGAUAGGAACCGUUGAUCCUGUAAACGUAGUGAGCAAACUGCGAAAGUAUUGGCCAACAGAUAUGAUCCUAGUUGGGCCCGUAAAAGUACCAGAGAAGAAAGAGGAGCCUAAGAAGGAAGAACCUAAGAAAGAGGAAGCAAAGAAAGAAGAACCAAAGAAAGAGGACGCACCAAAAGAGGAAGCCAAGAAAGAAGAACCAAAGAAAGAGGAAGAGAAGAAGGAAGAGCCAAAGAAAGAGGCUGCACCAGCACCGGCUCCGGCUCCGGCUCCGGCUCCAGCUGCAGCUCCACUUCUAGCUCUGCCACCACCAGACCCAGCUUUGGAGCUAGCCAAGCUUUACAGAGCAUAUAAUCCCCACAUGACCACAUAUUAUCAAGUUCACAGCAUUGAAGAAAAUCCAAAUGCUUGCGUUAUAUGUUAAAACUGCUGCUAGGCUUUUGAAAGACCAACUUCCUGAACUGGUGAUGGAUUCGAAUGCCAUCAAUUUAUGCAUAAAGGAGGAAGGGCAACAUCCAAGAACAAACUUGUGUGUAUACUACAGUAGUCAGAUGCCUCGUUGUUUUGUUCAUGCAUGAGAUGUAGAGAGAAUAAAUAAAAUUUUCUGUAUUUUGUUCUUCAA